AUGGGCCUGUCCCCCGGCUGGGGCACUUUCCAGGCCGCCGUCUGCCAGGACCUGGGCAUGGAGUCGACCUCGCUGGACGACGUGCUGUACCGCUACGCCAGCUUCCGGAACCUGGUGGACCCCAUCACCCACGACCUCAUCAUCAGCCUGGCUCGCUACAUCCACUGCCCCAAGCCAAUGGCCAUCUUCACAAGAAACCUGUCGAGUAACCGGCUCACCACACUGUCCUGGCAGCUCUUCCAGACGCUGAGUCUGCGGGAAUUAGUGAAAACGGGAGUCUUGUCCAUCUCGUUCACCACUAUGGCCUUGGUGCCUAGGGAAGGAGUAAGAUGCAAACCCAGGCGCUGUGGCUGGAGAGUGCCCGUAGUCACUGCAGGAGCACGUGGGCUUUCCCUGUGGUCCCUCGGCUCUGGCCAGCGGGGCCCAGCCAGGCCGAGAUGCGGGGUACUGCCGGGACUAGGGCCUGUUCCCUCCCCUCCCUGGAGCAGAGGCUGGCUCUGUGGUGCCGUCACUGCUGCCCUGGGAGAGAGCCCUGCCCCAUCACCUGAACCCUGCUUGUCCCUUCUCCCCUUCAACCUCAAGGCCGUCCUAGCUGGAAGCCCUCUGGACAACACGGUAGACCUGUCGGGCAUCCCACUGUCCUCGCGUGACCUGGAGCGGGUGAGCAGCUACCUGCAGCGCUGUGGGGAGCAGGUGGACAGUGUGGAGCUGGGCUUCACGGGCCUCACAGAUGACAUGGUCCUCCAGCUGUUGCCGGCACUCAGCACGCUGCCCCGCCUCACCACGCUGGCCCUCAACGGCAACCGGCUGACCCGAGCGCUGCUGCGUGACCUCACCGACACCCUUAAGGACCCCAGCAAGUUUCCCAAUGUCACGUGGAUUGAUCUGGGCAACAACGUGGACAUCUUCUCCUUGCCCCAGCCCUUCCUGCUCAGCCUGCGCAAGCGCUCCCCGAAGCAGGGCCACCUCCCCACCAUCUUGGAGCUGGGCGAGAGCGCAGGCUGUGUAGAGGAGGCUUGGGAUGGAACAGUGGGACGUGACACGGAAGUGGGGGCCUCACCAGGUAGUCCUUGUGGGGUAUGAUGGCUGAGGCCGAGUCACAACUACCCGAGCAGCCCCCCAUGGGAAGCCAGAUCACAGAAUCUGGGAAAAGUUAGCACUUCUCACGGGUCCAUCGUACCCCUCAUCCAUCUCCAUUAUCUUUGUUUGGCUCCUGAGAGGUCAUCUUUGGUGCUCAAGGCAGGUUAGCAUCUCAGUAUCCUAUCUCCUGAGUGGCCCUCGGGGUAGGGAGACUGGGCUCCUGGCUUCCAGAUUCCUUGGGACUGAAGGCUGCCUACCUCCUCCUUGGGAACCCAUGGGCUCCUUGUAACCGACUUCCAGUCUCAGCCCUUAACCCCAUGAGUCCAGAGGCCUGGCCAUGGAACCAGCCCUCAAUGUAGAACAUCCUAAGUUAUCGGGAGCAGAUGGAAGAGCCACUGAGAAACCCCACACACACCCCCAAAGACAGACUUUACCAUGGUGGUUCCAGUGUUGCCAGUAAGGACCCUUUCCCAGUACUGUCUCUGAAUGUAGUCCUAACUCAGCACAUCCCCAAAAGCUAUCAUGGAAGGCUCUUUUCAAACACCCAGGGCAGGAACGCAGAUCUGGUCCCUCCAAAGACAGCCUUGAUAGGGAAAACGAGGCUCCCCAAAGCAAGUUUCCAUCCACCCUUAACCCAGGCCCACCAAGCUUUUAAAAAUCCUUUUUAAAUAUAAGCAGCAAAUCCUGGCAACCCAUCUUGAGCCAGAGUCAUUUCAAGUGCCCAAUGCUGAUUAUCUCAGGCCAUCAGAGGACUAGCAAGUGCAGCCCCACAGGCUAGUAGGCAAAAUUCCAACCCAGGAAGGCAGGAUGGGGGCAGGCACAGCGCACUUCAGGAGUUAUUAGGAGGGCCAGGCAAAGGACAGUGCCCGAGGAACUAGGGGCCGGACUAAGUGUAUGGAUGCUUAGAUGCUCGGGGACUUUUAGCCGUCAGGACAAGAGCAGAGCUUAGACCACAGGGAAGCUGAGUGCCUGGACUGCUAAUAUUUCCCAGCAGUGACCAAGUCUAACUUUCUUGAAAUACACAUUUUAAGAACCAAUA